AUGUCGCUCUAUCUGACGCCUGCGCGGUGGUGGCUUGCGAGCACAGCUUUUCCACUCAUAGCUGGAACUCUGGGCCCGAUGGCCACCGCGUUUAGCAUCUGUUCGCUGUCGCAGGAUUGGCGGUAUGAAACGACGGGGAAGACUCUACGAGAUAUUCCAGAUCCAGAGUGGGUCCUGGUUAUUAACGGACUCUCCGUCGUGUUUGCCAUCAUCGCCAACUUCGUGCUGCUCAUGGAAAUGGCGAGACGGAUCCCCUUCGCGGUGGCCCAGCCGAUCAUCAUCAUCGGGUGGUACAUCUCGUCGAUCCUGCUGCUCUGCCUUUUGGCUGUGUUUGCACAUCUCAUGAACCAGCCGCAGAAUGCAGGCUACAGUCUCACGCAGAGCUACUACUAUGGCGCCCUUGCCGCCGGGCUGUACGCCUUCAUCUCCUCCCUGCUGCUCGUCACCUUCUACGGCGCGUACCGGGGCCACUACAGCCGCGAGUACAAGCUCACCACGAGCCAGCGCACGCUGAUGCUGCAGACCAUUUGCUUUCUUGUCUACCUGCUCGGCGGCUCGGCUGUCUACUCCCGUGUCGAAGGGUGGAAGUUCCUCGACGCGCUGUACUGGUCUGAUUUCACCUUGCUGACCAUCGGGAUCGGCAACAUCGUCCCGACCACCCAUCUGGGCCGCAGCUUGCUGUUCCCCUACGCCGUCGGCGGCAUCCUGAUCCUCAGUUUGAUCAUCGGCUCCAUCCGUUCCCUCAUGCUGGAGAAGGGCAAGCAGAAGAUGACGGGCCGGAUGACGGAGAAGACGCGGCGGUUUCUGAUCAAGAAGGCGGCCGCGAAACACAGUCGGUUCCAUGCCGUUGUGCCCCGGCUGACAGACGAUGAAGACGACGGCGGCCAGAGUGUUCGAGAGAGACGCAAACAGGAGUUUCUGGUGAUGCGCCAGGUGCGGCAGCUCGUGACCCUCGAGCGCAAGUGGAUCGCCCUGCUGCUCUCGUUGGUGACAUGGAUGACCAUGUGGCUGAUUGGCGCGGCGGCCUUCUGGCGCUCCGAACACGAGCUGCAGCACUGGACCUACUUCCAGGCCAUGUAUUUCGCCUACACGUCACUUUUCACCAUCGGGUUUGGCGACUUCUACCCCAUCAGCAACUGGGGGAAACCCUUCUUCAUCUUCUGGUCCCUGCUCGCCGUCCCCACCGUCACCAUCCUCCUUUCCAACAUCGGGGACACCCUCAUCCGCUCCGUCCGUGACGUCACCAUCUACCUUGGCGAACUGACCAUCCUGCCCGGCGACAAACCCGUUCUGGAACGCAUCCGGGAUCUCUUCCAUGCGGGUUGGCGUCAGCAGGUGCUCAACGAGACCGCUGAGUCCGAAGCCGAAGCAGAGAGGCAGGAAUCCUCAAUCCCGCCUGCCUUGCGCCAACGGGAGCGCCAACAGGCUGGAGAAUCAGAAGAAGCAGGAGAAGCAGCCAGUAGCUAUCCGUACAGCGAGAGCGAAAACUCAAUGGAAGCCGAGGAGCACCGCAGGGAAGAGGUCGCGCGGGGGCGUGGUGAUGUUCGUGCCGAGAACAUCCACCAUUACCAUUACCUGCUGUUUCGCGAGCUGCGCAAGAUGAUCCGCUAUGCUAGUAGUAGUCUCCCCAGGGAGUUCGACUAUCCUGAAUGGGAGUAUUACCUGAAACUCAUCGGUGCGAACGAGUCGGGCUUCAUCUCUCGGCCAGAGGAGGAGGAGAAAAGCAAGCUUCGUCCAGAAUCGGGUCCUGGCAGGGACAAAGAUCAAUGGAGCUGGACGAGUGCGCGGAGCCCGCUGAUUGCGGAAAAGAGUGAAGCGCAGUGGCUUAUGGAAGCCAUUGCUGAGGUCUUGGAGCGAGAGUUGAAACGAGCAAGCCGGGAGUACCAUAUACAAGAAACGAAAGACAAUAAGCAAGCCAGUGAAUGA